AAAUAGCGACAGGCAUGUUGGCCGCAGCAGUUCAAAGAGUUCUUCUCAGCAAGAAGCCGCUUUUCAACUUCAACUUUCACGCGCAACACAACAACUUCAUCUUCCCUCUCAUGGCAGCCACCUUCAGCACCGCUUCUUCUUCACCCACAGCUUCCGGCAACCUCACAACAACAAAGCGAGUGGGAACUCACAAUGGUAGCUUCCACUGUGACGAAGCUCUCGGCUGCUUCAUGAUUCGCCUUACCAGAAAAUUCUCCGAUGCCCAAAUCGUCCGUUCUCGUGAUCCUCAGGUUUUGGAAAAGCUUGAUGCUGUUCUUGAUGUUGGUGGGAUUUACGAUCCAAGUCGCGAUCGGUAUGAUCAUCACCAAAAAGGUUUUGAGGAGGUUUUUGGGCAUGGCUUUAAUACAAAGCUCAGUAGUGCUGGUCUCGUCUACAAGCACUUUGGAAAGGAGAUUAUCGCAAAAGAGCUUGGAGUUGAGGAACAACAUCCUGAUGUGCAAAGGUUGUUUUUAGCAGUUUAUAAGAGCUUCAUGGAGGCAAUUGAUGCGAUAGACAAUGGAAUUAACCAAUACGACACAGACCAGCCCCCGAAGUAUGUAAACAAUACUCACUUGUCUUCUCGGGUAGGAAGGUUAAAUUUGGACUGGACCGAUCCUGACCAGUCAUCUGAGAGAGAGAAUGAAGCCUUUGAACGUGCAAUGAUUCUGGCUGGGAGUGAGUUUUUGGAUAGUGUACGGUUUCAUGUAAGAUCAUGGUUACCUGCUCGGGCAAUUGUCAUUGAGUCUCUUGCAGAAAGACAAGAUAUUGAUCCAAGUGGAGAAAUCAUGGUCUUGAAGAGAUUUUGCCCUUGGAAGCUUCAUUUGUUUGAGCUUGAGGCGGAGAUGAAGAUUGAUCCUCCUAUUAAAUACGUCCUUUACCAGGAUGACAGAAGUAAAAGUUGGCGAGUGCAGGCAGUGGCAGUAUCUCCUGAUAGAUUUGAGAGCCGGAAGGCCCUUCCAGCUCAAUGGCGCGGCCUCAGAGAUGAUGAACUGUCUAAGUUGACUGGCAUUCCUGGGUGUGUAUUCGUGCAUAUGAGUGGUUUUAUUGGUGGAAAUCAAAGUUACGAGGGCGCUCUGGCAAUGGCCCAGGCUGCUUUGAAACUCUAGGACACAAACCUAGAACUUCCAAUUUUUUUCGCUAGGAGACAACUACUUCAGGAUUCGAGCACAGUGCCAACCCAGCGUUGUUGCUGUCCUGCAGUUGUUCGCCUAAGAAUUGUCAGCGUUGCCAGCUUUGAGUUUAGGUUUAACUUUGAGAUGGAUUUGGACGUUUUACUACCUUCUGAAUUCAUCACAAAGUUAGGAAGGAAGAAAGGAAUUCAAAAAUUUUUAAGUCGAAAGUGGGAAUAGAAUUUCAAUGCGGAUGUGUCCAAUUAUUUGUAUACGCUACUGAGUGAAAUUCUUUUGGCAUGCAAUGACACACUUAUCUUUGAUGGUCCUGGAUGGACGGAAGAUUGCUUUGUAUGUUGAGAUCUGCGUUUUUACGUUAUUCAGAAUUGACUGACUCUGCUUGACUUGA